AGGAACUUUCAAAGGUCACCUUUGACUUCCCAUCUUCCCUCUUCUUCGUCCCUUUGCCUUUUCUAAACUCUGAAAUCGAAAAACGGAAUGCCAAUUGGAAGGAUCACGAACGUAAUGCCUCAAACAGAGGCUAAGAUUCCAAUACUUUCUGGAUAAUGAUCCUAUAUUUUUGUGUAUAAAAAAAAGGUCAACAAAUUAUCUGCACAUUGCCCAAAUGUAACUUCUAAGGACAAAAACGCAAAAGCAAAACGUUGUACGCAUGAAUGAUAUUUUUCGCAGGAUGUUGUGCAAAAAAUUGUAGUUCUUGUUUCUGUACUUCAGCAUGCUUUAGAUCAUGCCACUGAGGGAAACGUCUUGUUCUAGGUUCUUGUAGAGUGCAGCUCUAGAUGAACCACUACCACUCAUUUGCGCAACAACCCUUGACUGAAAGUUGAUUUGCCAAGAACUGAAUCAAACAAAAUGUUGCAUCGGAGAGAGCGAACGCAGUCUCCACGCGGUGGGGACCGGCAUGUGAGGAUGGCACCUAGUGCUAUAAUAUCACCUUCCGAAGCAGAUGUGGAAGAGAUCACACGGCUGAACAUCACAGACAGUAAAGACAGCCCUAGUGUGUCCACGCUGGGGUCGCCAGCCAAUGGUUAUGAUGGUAGUUCGCAGAGUGGAGUUCCCCUUGGUGGACAAGGAGAAGAUACAACAAUGGCAAUGGCUGGUGGUGCAACAACAUGGACCCACAGCACAACGGGCACACACGACGAGCCUGAAGCGCAACAACAGCAUCUUCUUGGAACAUCAAAUCCACAAAGGGAACCGAAUGUGGUGGGUGCUCUCUCCAGCACGCCAGGCUACAAGCGGCAGCGCCUGACGCGCAUGCAGAGGAAGACGGCGUUGGGGAUCAAUGUGAGCAUAAACAUAGAACACGGAGUCCCUUUGAGCGGAAAGAUCGUCAUCAUACAGGAAAUCGAUCAAUACCGAGGUUUGACAUGGAUAGCAUGGGUGCUGCAUUUGCUGUCGUCGACGGCAAUCUUCCUAGCGAGUUAUAUGUGGUACAACUCUCUCUACUUCAGUAGGUUCUGAACCGAUGGGUAAGUACAACUCUAGUACUUUAGGUUCUGAACCGAUGGGUACAACUCUGGAGUCUUCUUCUACUAUGACAUCAACUUCAACGUCAACACUAUGUAAAAAUGCUUCUUGAAGAUAACAGUGUGCAGGAUCAUUCACAACCUAACCUAACCUAACCUAACCAACAAUCGACCCUCUGCACAAACAUGAUCCAGCUUCGGUCCUCUCACUGCCUUUCUCUAACCUAACCAACAACAAGCGACCCGGUGCACAAACAUAAUCCAGGUUCGGUCCUCUCACUGCCUUUCUCAUCACUGCUGUGGUGCUUUACCACCUUUUCGCGCGUAG